GAGAGCCUUUACAUCCCUGCUACCCCGGGUAGAGAUUGUCUUGGAGAGAAAUAGCUGUCUGGUAGAAUUGCCCCUUCUUCCCCCUCCCACCUCAGCUCUGGUGCAAUAGGAGCUUGCAGCGAUAGUGCGCACCCGAGUGGCCGCUAGGAGCCAGGAGGCCGCGGCGUCACUGGGUCCGGACCUUGUGAUCGCCCAGCAGUAACUGUUCCCUCUCCCCGCCACUGCGUGUUCGCGCGGCGUGUUUACUUCUGGUACCCGGGUCCCCUCCUCUGUGUCAUCUCCCUGCAUUCUGGUCCUCUGGUCUCCAUGGAGCAGCUGCUGCGCGCCGAGCUGCGCACCAAGACACUGCGGGCCUUUGGGAGCUCAGGGGCCGGCUGCAUCAGCGAAGGCCGUGCCUACGACACCGACGCUGGUCCGGUGUUUGUCAAGGUCAACCGCAGGACGCAGGCCCGGCAGAUGUUUGAGGGAGAGAUGGCAAGCCUGGAGGCCCUCCGCAGCACUGGCUUGGUGCGGGUACCUAAGCCCAUGAAGGUGAUUGACCUGCCAGGAGGUGGGGCUGUUUUCGUGAUGGAAUAUUUGAAGAUGAAGAGCCUGAGCAGCCAGGCAUCAAAGCUCGGGGACCAGAUGGCAGAUUUGCACCUUUACAACCAGAAGCUCAGGGAGAAGGCCAAGGCCCGGGAGAACACAGUGGGUCAGUUCAGUUCACCCUGGGCCUAACUCAUCAGCUCUCUUAGAUGGGUCUUCUUGCUGCUUCUUGGUGGUAUUUUAAUAAUGAGUUGAGUGGUAUAGCAUCUCCCUUUAUAGCUCAUCAAACAACUUUUU